UACAUUUUUGUUAAAGGAGAGUAAACUACUUAUUCUGAUGUCUGAAUUAGGUGAUGCCUAGUAGCAAGAAGUAGGUGUUAAUUCAAACACACAAGAUCAGUCUCCUUUUUAUUACAAGAAAUUAACAUGCGAUAAUGCAUAAAAGAUAUUCCGGUGUUGGAGAAAGGAGGAUAUAUACUAUGAAAAUUUUUUAAAUUUGAAUGAAAUUGUAACGUUUUAAAGUUCUGAAAUAGUAUGAUUUAGGUUCAAUGCCAUCAAGUGAGUAGAAAAUUAGUCUAUUUAAUUCAUCACAAAAAUAUUUAUUAUCCUUUAUCAUAUUCAUCAUGAUCAUUAAUUCGAAACCAUGUAUACUUUAAUUUAUCAAAAUAAAGUUCAAAGUUUCUAAUAAUUAUAUAAAAAAAAAUUUAUACAUAUUUUAUAUUAUGCACAAUUCUUUUCUAUAUUACAUCUUAAAACUGUGCAUCCAUCCAUAAUACCAAGAUACAUAAUGAUUGAGCAACCUACCUAUGGUCCCACGUGUGCCUUUUCAUCUUAAAAAUAUUCAUCAUAAUAUCUGAUGAGCUAAACACCUAACAGGAUAAACAGUUUUAAUAUAAGGUUCAAACAUAAUAAUAAUAAUAAUAAUAAUAAUAUGCAUACUUUUUUCUGAACUAACAUGAGCAUUUCUGAUUAAAGAAUAUAGCUAGCUUACUAUAGUAACAAACUUUAAAGCGAGACUUGCUUUGAUACUUAAAUAAUAAGAUUUAAUAUAAGAAAAUAAAAUGCAUGUCAAAUAUUAAAUCAUGAAGUUCUACUUAUCAAUUAUUUGCACCAUUUUCAUUUCCAUUGUUUCUCAUUAAUUUCUUAGAGAUGUCAUAUAAUGCAUGUAGGCUUGUGACACAUUUAUAUUAUUAGAUUGUCACCUGGCCAUCGGCCUUAACAAUUUUGAUAAAGUUUGGACAGACCCUUCGAUCUUAAUGUUGAAUUUUGUAGUAUCAACUUUUUAGUAUCGAGAGUUGGGAACUCUCUUAUUUUCUUUAUUUAGGUUCAUCUUAUUAGAACUUGUGCCUCGCAAUGCGCAAGUCAUCAUAGUCUGCCAAUUUAUCUCACAUGACAUGACAUUUCAUUUGCUCCUUUCAAUUUAAUAUAAUUAUUAUCAACAUUUAAAAUUUAUUAGCACCGAUACUCACCUAUUAUUAAUUAAUGUGCUUAACAUGUGUUAAGGGUAGACAUGCUAUGUAACACGUGUUAACAUGUUUUGCACACUUAUGCUUCACAUCACUAAUUGUAUGAAGGGUGCGCCAUUCAUGCCUCAUGCCAUGACAUGUGAUAUUUGUGUUAUUGGCUAAAGUGAUGCAGUGAGUUAUAGAGAAUUUAGGCUAAUUUUAUAUUUUAAUCAUUAACCAAUACAUUCUUCAUCAGACUAAUUAAAUUUUGCAAUUAAAGUUAGAAUAAUUUAAUCUCCAAAUGACAAUUAAUUGCAAUCUAGCCUAAUUAAUCCCUAAUUAAAUUUAAUUAAUAUAUUAAAAGAUUGUUUAUACUAAAUUUUCCUAGUAAUUAGUGAAUUGUUAUCCUAAUAUUAGGAUAUUUUAUUACAUUUAUAACUAAUUAUUGGUCACUAAGUAUACUUACUUAUUGCCAUAUUUAAUUGAUAACUAGUUGGCCUAAUUAAUUUCAAUUUUUAAAAUUGGUAUUGAUUUAUUAUCUUUGUCAUUAAUUAAUGGUUACCUUGCCUUUUAAUCUGGUUAAUCUAAUAUGCUGAUUAUAAAACUUGUUUAAUUAAUUUUUACUUCAUUGAUCAAUGAUUAAUUAGGCAAUUUUAUCAUCAUAAUAAUUCAAUUAGUUUUUAAUUAGCCUGACAAAUCUCCACCAAGCUAAUCUUCUCACGAAUUAUGCUAUUCACUAUGUCUCACGUACAAAAGCAAAAUUGAAGUUUACUUCCAACAUCCAUCGAUUUAGACCUAGUUCUCACCUUUCUGAAGCGUUUCACAGGUAUGAACCCAUUUGCAUCAACUUUCUACCAAACAAAUGCUUAAACAUGAUUUGGAGCUGAGAUCUGAACUGUUUCGGAACUUUAAUAGAAACAAACAGAUCUUCAAUGUCUAGUAUAUACUCCAGCCCAAUUUGUGCUAUUAUGAGUGCUGAUCCAUCUGCGAUGCAGGCGUUUGUAGUACCCAUUUCACUACUUUGUCUAUAUGGGCCUACCUCUUGGAUCAGCUACAACUUGUGCCUUUAUCGUUGGCAAUAGGUAUAGGCUGUCACGACCCAGCUCGGAGGCUCUAAUUAAUGAGGCGGAAACAGACGGUCAGAUGGAUCAAAUACCCCCAUUUCCUUCUCAUAUUGCAAUCAAAUCAAUUGAAUCUCAGCUGGGAGCACCAAUUUUUGAUAUAUUUUCUGAUAUAAGUCCAGAACCCAUUGCGGCUGCAUCACUAGGGCAAGUUUAUAAAGCUCAUCUACUUUCUGGGGAGCUUGUAGCUGUCAAAGUCCAAAGACCUGGUAUGGCGCUCACGCUAACCCUUGAUGCUCUGCUGUUUCAUAUGAUUGGGGGGCAACUGAAGCGCUUUGCCAAGGCUAGGAAGGAUUUGUUGGUUGCGGUUAAUGAGAUGGUAAGACACAUGUUUGAGGAAAUCGAUUAUAUUCUUGAGGCUCAAAAUGCUGAAAAGUUUGCUGCUCUAUAUGCUCUUCCCUUGAGAAGCGGUGAGAGCAAAAGAAUGAGGCUAACGUCCAUAAAAGUUCCCAAGAUUUAUUGGAACUACACCCGUAAGGCUGUUCUCACAAUGGAGUGGAUAGAUGGGAUUAAACUUAUAGAUUCUGAUCGGAUUUCCGAAGUCCGUCUGAAUAGGAAACUUUUAAUUGAUCAGGGAGUUUAUUGCUCUUUGAGACAGCUUCUUGUUGAUGGUUUUUUUCAUGCUGAUCCACACCCUGGAAAUCUUGUGGCUACUGAUGACGGGUCUCUUGCGUACUUUGACUUUGGUAUGAUGGGAGAUAUUCCCCGCCAUUACCGUGUAGGACUUAUCAAAGUGCUUGUGCACUUUGUAAAUCGAGACUCCUUGGGAUUAGCAAAUGACUUUUUGUCGUUGGGAUUUAUUCCUGAUGAAGAGGAUACACAGUUGGUUGCAGAUGCUUUACGUGCAUCCUUUGACACUGAUAGAAGACUUUCAAAUGAUUUUCAGGGAGUAAUGUACCAAUUGUAUGAUGUCAUGUAUGAAUUCAACUUUUCACUUCCUCCUGAUUAUGCCCUGGUAAUAAGAGCACUGGGAUCUUUGGAAGGUACUGCCAAAGCAUUGGAUCCAGAUUUUAAAGUUAUUGAGAGUGCAUAUCCUUUUGUGGUUGGAAGGCUGCUUGCAGAUCCUGAUCCUGACAUGAGGAAAAUAUUAAGGGAGCUUCUUAUUUGCAAUGAUGGCUCGAUUAGAUGGAACCGGUUUGAGCGGCUGAUUGCAGCUAUAUCUGAUCUAUCUUCUGAGGAAACAAAUGAAUCUUCUGACUCGGCUUCAAGAGCUACAUCUGUUCGUGGAUGGAAAUCCUUCGACAUGCAUUCUGUGGUUGCUGCAACGGAGGAUCUUUUGUGCUUUGUUUUAUCUGUGAAAGGUCAAAGGGUCCGGGUUUUUCUCCUUCGGGACAUCAUUAAAGUUGCAGAUGCCUUUCUUAAAGAGGAAACUUUUCGUUGCAGAGAUUUGACGCAAGAAACAACAAAGUGUAGUCAGGAGAGAGUUGAUUUGAUCUCAAGGAUUUGGCUUGGCUUACAAUCCUUCCAGCGAGCCGUGAGCUUGGCACCCGAGCUAUGGGCUGCACUGUUGAUUCGAAUGUUAUUGAAACCUGAGCUUCAUAUAUUUCUGCUCGAGAUCUUAACAGCAAUUGUAGAUCAUUCCAAAUACAGACUACCUGAAGCAUUUUGGCUUUGUUCUUCCAGAAUUCUUCAUAUUUUGGAGGAGAAUAUUUUACGACAUUACUGAGAGACAAUAUAGUCCAGAAUCAUAAUGAGUUUAUAGAAUGCAAUGGCACAAAUUACAGGGUGAGUACUUAUGCUGGAGGAGGCUAAUACUUUUAGAAUAAUAUAAUACUAAAUAGCUAUUUUUUUAUAA